CGGCCGCGCUUGGAGGGAAGCAGGGCCGCAAGCAUGGUGGGGCCGACCCUCUCAUACCCGGGCGGCCGCGGGGCAUAUUGGGAGUUGUAGUUCGGUGCUGGUUUAGGGUUUUUGGGCGUGGAGGCUCCAAAGUCUAAGGUUUGACUUCAGUCUGCCCCUAAUAGUCCCUGGGCCGCAAGUGAGAGCCGUUAUUGACUGCCGUUAAGGACCGUUACCAUUCUCGGGUCCUUCUGGCAUUGGUUUGGUGAACCGCUGAUCGUCCCAGCUUGCCCUACACUCCGUUGACUCCCUGGCUCCUGGCUUCUAGUCUGGCUGACCUCCCUCUUUCCGGAGAAGAUGUUCCUGGUGGGCCUGACGGGGGGUAUUGCCUCAGGCAAGAGUUCUGUGAUCCAGGUGUUCCAGCAGCUGGGCUGUGCAGUGAUUGACGUGGAUGUCAUUGCCCGGCACGUCGUCCAGCCAGGAUAUCCUGCGCACCGGCGCAUUGUGGAGGCGUUUGGCACUGAGGUCUUGCUGGAGAAUGGGGAUAUCAAUCGCAAGGUCCUGGGGGACCUUAUUUUCAACCAGCCUGACCGGCGACAUUUACUCAACACCAUCACCCACCCUGAGAUCCGCAAGGAAAUGAUGAAGGAGACCUUCAAGUACUUCCUUCGUGGGUACCGCUAUGUGAUUCUGGAUAUCCCCCUGCUGUUUGAGACCAAGAAGCUUCUCAAGUAUAUGAAGCACACAGUGGUAGUGUACUGUGAUCGAGACACACAGCUGGCGCGACUGAUGAAGCGAAACAGCCUGAACCGGGAGGAUGCAGAGGCUCGCAUCAAGGCCCAGCUGCCCCUGAAGGACAAGGCCCGCAUGGCUGACCAUGUUCUAGACAACUCGGGCGAGUGGAGCAUCACCAAACGCCAGGUCAUCCUCUUGCAUGCUCAACUGGAGCGCUCCCUGGAAUACCUGCCGCUAAGGCUUGGGGUCCUCACAGGUCUGGCCGGCAUUGCCAGCCUCCUCUACCUGUUUACCCGCUACCUUCUGCCUUCUCCUUAGGUGGGCACAGCAAAGCAGGAAGCCUCAGGCCUUUGUCUCCUUGGAGGCCAAAGCUAGGUACCACCUCCUGUCUUCCUCCAACUUCUUCAAAAUACACUCACAUCACACACACACAUACACACACACACACACACUAUGAAUCUUGGCUGAACCAUUGCUCUGGGCCAACCUUUAUAGUGUGUUCUCUCUGAGGCUGAGAAGCAAUCUAUUAUCAAUAGGUACGCCUUCCCACCCUCCCCGAUCCCCUCCCUCUUCUGGCACCACCUAUAGAACACUACAGAACGCUGUCCGUGAUGGCAAAAGCAGCAGUUACAUAGACUCCUGUGGGCAGGGGUGGGAGUAGUCUCUUGUGGCCCUCACUAGUGUUUACAACUGAGAGGCCAAGGAUUCCCUGGGCUUGGACCUUCUCUGAACAUCUGCCCCAUCAAAGCCAACACCUCAUUAGUAGACCAUGGGAAUGCCUUCCGCCUUCAAAUAGGGUUCUCCCCUAGGUGAAAGUAAGGAUUCACUCAUGGGUAAGGCUGUAGCCAGGCAGAGGCAGGGGUUCUUGUGGGAGACCUCCACUUAAUGGGGUCUCCAGUACUCACCACCCACUGCCCAGCACCUCCUACCAUUCAACCUCCUAGCCCUGAACUCUUGGUACCCCACGGCCACUAUGCCGUUUCUCACCUCUGUGCCUUUCUCCAGGUGCUCUGUCUCUUGGAAUAUUUUUUCUCCCCACUGCAACUGGCUAACAGCUCAGGCACCAAGCCCCAGGCUGGGCUAGGUGUUCUGGGAUACCACCCUCCUGUGUUUUUCCCUUAAUCAUUGGCAUAGUAAUCAGCCAAAAGCUGGUUUCUUCUACUAGACUGUACGCCUCUUGAGGGCAGGGUCCGUCUCAUUCGUAUCUCUAUUCCUAGUGCAGAGCUGGCUCGCCAUUGGUGCUCAAUAAAGUGUGUUGAUCUGAAA